GCGCUGGGCCGCGGCCCCCCGGGGCUGCGAGGGGCGGAGCGGGGGCAGCCGGCGCGCCCCUCCCCCAGGGCACCGACGGCUCCGUCCCGCUGCCUCCGGAACCCCGCGGGAGCGCGUCGGAGGGAAGCGGAGUUGGGUCCGGCGCUGCUCGGCGGGGAGGACCGGGAGGGCGGAGGCAGAAGGGGAUAAAUAUCCCAGCGCCGCUGUAACCGGGAGCUUUCUGCCUUUCCUCCUCACCCGCCGCUGAUAUCGGGCUCCCGGCCUCCGCUCUGUCCCCGGGGGCAGCGGGGGAGAGCAGCAGAGCCUCUGCCGUGCCUCCCGGCGGUCCCCUGCUCUGCGGAACAUGCCGGGUCGCGGCUGGCGGCGGCGGCGGGGCCGGCAUCGCGCUCCCCGGACAUGAAGCGGCCGCCGGGAGCUCCAGCAAUUAAAGCAAAACUAACUGCACAUAUAAUCUGUGGCAAGGAGCACUGGGAAGCAGCUAAGAGACAGUGACAAUGUCUUUAAACUGGCAGACAAUUUCUACCCAACUUGGAGUUCUAAGAGUGAACUGCAAAGGACUGGCAUACUUCUUGGUCUUCACAGUGAGCAUCUGUGGCAGUGCCUGGGGGAUGUGUCCGACUGCCUGCAUUUGUGCCAGCGAUAUCAUAAGCUGCACCAAUAAGAACCUCUCUCGGGUGCCAGGAAAUCUCUAUAAAUGUAUGAAAAGGCUGGAUAUGAGUUAUAACAGAAUCGGGGUUUUAGAGCCUGAAUGGAUCCCAGUGCUGUUUGAGAAACUGGACACUUUAAUAAUCAAUCAUAAUAGUAUUAACAACAUUAUGACUGGAAGCUUUUCCACAGCCCCAAAUCUCAAGUACCUAGACUUGUCAUCCAACAGCCUGAAGACUCUGGGCAGCCCUGUGUUUCAGGAGCUGGGGGCACUGGAGGUUCUCCUUCUGUACAACAAUCAGAUAACACAGAUAGAGUCUUCAGCCUUUGGAGGACUGUACAAAUUGCAGAAACUGUACCUAAGCUAUAACUUGGUGUCGCAUUUCCCGCUGGACUUGUACACUGGAAGAUAUAAGCUGACAGACCUUGUGUUGGUGGACAUUUCCUUUAAUCGCAUCAAGUCAAUGCCUAUUCAGCACCUGAGUUCAGUGCCAGCCAAACAUCUUAGUGGAAUUUAUCUUCAUGGCAAUCCAUUUUAUUGUGACUGUAUGCUCUACGCCAUGCUAAUCUUCUGGUAUCAGAGGCACUUCAGUUCGGUGGUGGACUUCAAAAAUGAGUACACCUGCCUGUUACAAUCAGACCCUAGAGGUAACAGUAGACUGCCUUUACUGCAUGACAACUUUCUGAAUUGCUCUGAAAGCACUGUCAACAGUUCUUUCCAAGCCUUUGGGUUUAUUCAUGAUGCCCAGGUUGGUGACAGGCUGGUUGUCCACUGUGACAGCAGAAUUAGCGAUGCCGGCACACACUUCGUUUGGGUUAGCCCGGACAAUAGAUUGCUGGAGCCAGACAGGGACACUGACAACUUCAAGGUGUUUCAUAAUGGCAGCCUGGAGAUAACUGAUGCCCAGCUAGAGGACUCAGGACUUUAUUCCUGCAUUGCAAUAAAUAAAAAAAGACUCUUAAAUGAAACCAUAGAAGUUAGAAUAAAUGUUAGUAAUUCCACAGUGAACAGGUCCCAUGCUCAUGAAGCAUUUAAUACAGCUUUUACCACCCUUGCUGCCUGUGUAGCCAGUAUUGUUUUAGUACUGCUGUAUCUCUAUCUGACCCCCUGCCCAUGUCAAUGUAAGGCAAAAAGGAGGAAGAGGAAGCUUAACCAAAGCAGUGCCCACUCGUCCAUACUGAAUUCCACACCACCGCAAGAGCUGCCAGCUGACGAAAGGAAAGCUAGCACUGGGAAACGAGUGGUUUUCCUGGAACCUGUGCACGAGCCAAAACACAGUCAGAAUGGGAAAAUAAAACUGUUCCCUAAUGACAAUAUCAUUGCUGAGGGUAUCUUAAAAACUACUCGAACAAAAUCUGACUCUGACUCCGUCAACUCUUUGUUCUCAGAUACACCUUUCAUGCCGUCUGCUUAGUUUGCUGCCUGUGUUUGUAUUGUACAGUUAUAUUUCUGAAUCCCUCCUUUGCUUGUAGCAACCAUCAGGAAAAAUAAAUAGAGAAAAUGUUU